UCCUUGUAAAGUGUUGGCUCGAGUGACAUGGUAACUCUUCUGUUUUGCCUUCAUAGAGUUAACGCUGAAUCCUCCUGAAGGGAUUGUGGCAGGCCCCAUGAAUGAAGAGAAUUUUUUUGAGUGGGAGGCAUUGAUCAUGGGCCCUGAAGACACCUGCUUUGAGUUUGGAGUUUUUCCUGCCGUCCUGAGUUUCCCGCUCGACUACCCGCUGAGCCCUCCCAAGAUGAGGUUCACCUGUGAGAUGUUCCACCCCAACAUCUACCCCGACGGGAGAGUGUGCAUCUCCAUCCUGCACGCGCCUGGCGACGACCCCAUGGGCUACGAGAGCAGUGCUGAGAGGUGGAGCCCGGUGCAGAGCGUGGAGAAGAUCCUGCUGUCGGUGGUCAGCAUGCUGGCAGAGCCCAACGAUGAAAGUGGAGCUAACGUGGAUGCUUCCAAAAUGUGGCGGGAUGACCGCGAGCAGUUCUACAGGAUUGCCAAGCAGAUCGUGCAGAAGUCUCUGGGGCUCUGAGGCAUGCCCCCCCCACGCACACAGACACGCAGGCCCUGUGGAGCAGUCCAGCGCUUUGCUCCAGAACCACGCCGGCACCCGAGCGGGCAGCCUGCAGAGCCACAGCACCUGUCGCUUCCUCCCCUCCCACCCCGAGCAGGCUUUUCUUCUGCUGUGUGACUUGUGUAGAGUAAUGGCACACAGCAUGCUGCAGUUCACAGUGUUCCUCCUUGAGGGCUUCGGGUCGGUCAUCCAGGCCCCAUUGCUACCUCUCCCAGCCACGCCAGUUCCGGCUCUGGCUCCGGCUCCCUCCCAGCCGCAGGACGGCUGGUUCCCGGCUCCUCCCAGGGCGCAGCCUUGCGCCCCUGAGACUCGACUCCUUCCUCCGAGAGCUGCAGAUUUAGGUCAUGCACUCAGUGACAACGAUGCUCCUUUUAAGACUACUUGGGGCUGGGCCUGGAGCAGCAGGCGGGGCCUCAGGCUCUGGGGCCCCCCUGUGCCCCACAAGGCCUUUCUUAUUUUGUGGUUUACUAGCAGCCUGGUGAGAGCGCUGUGCAGAUGACCGACUGUCACACUAGGAUUUUUGGGAGAUGCUUUGCGGGCAGCUGGUGAGGAAUGGGGCCAGAGGGCUGUCGCUGCCGCUCUGGCUGUAUGUUGGGAGCUUGCCACUUUAGUUCCUGGUGCUCCAGCAGAGAGGCCUGGGAGCCCUCUGCAGACCAGGGGGCCUGUACCUGGGUGCUGUGCCCUGGGGUUGCACAGGGUGGAGCCCUGGGCACAGUCACACUUUGUGCGGUGGGUGGGAUUCACCGCUGUUGCUCAGCAUGGAUAACUGGCCCUGGCGAGAUAGUGACCGUGGCCUGGGCCCUAGGCUGGGGAAGCUCUUGGGGUGGCUGUGAUGUUGAUGGGUGUCCAGCAGCAGACUCCAGAAUCCCACGGGCAACACAGACCUCUCACGCGCACGCACAGACACCUGGCCUUUUCCAAACAGGUUAUGUGAAAUGGUGUGGCAUAGUCUGAGACAGGCAAUAUGUUUUCUUCCACAGAACAUUUUUUCCUUCUUUUUGCUAAUGUGGCUAGUUAGGCAGUCACCUUUUAUACCAAAACCUCACAUUUCAUGGUGUUAAUUCUUGGUUCAGGACUCCAUAUUCAGUUUUUCAGAAGAGAAGUUCAGCAUGACUGAUGUUUGGAAGGGUAGAGAGCAGAGGCAUUGAACCAGAAUAGUAUUUGCAGGUACAAACAAGAUGUCCUCUCUGUAAAGUACAACGGCUGGUGUUGGCCAUGUGUGCAGGCUGACCAUGGGCACGUGUCCCACAGGUCAGCACCUGCCCUGUGUCCAUGGGCACACGUCCCGCAGGUCAGCACCUCUGCCCUGUCCACGGGCACAUGACCGCAGGUCAGCACCUCUGCCCUGUGUCCACGGGCACGCGUCCCGCAGGUCAGCACCUGCCCUGUGUCCACGGGCACGCGUCCCUGCAGGUCAGCACCUCUGCC